UGCAGCUCAUCUUCUACCAUUCAACCGGUCACUGGGACAAUUGGUAUACAUUUGAGAUGAAAGAUGACGAAAUGGAUACCAGAGAUUAGUUAUAUCAGGUCUGCGUUAAUAUGAAAAAUCCGGAUACUAGACGCACGAAACCGUAUGUCACACGAUAUUUGUGUCAAGACGUUCCUAGUAAUUAUCUGAGCAAACGAGAAUUACAAAGCAGCCGCUGUUCAUGAUGGAAGAUAAAAUGUUACGGCUGUGUUUCUUGGUUAUCGCAACAUCAGUGGCGCUAGCAUCUUGUCGUGGUUCUUGUCCACCGACAUUGUCAGUGGAUAUCUGUGAAGCUACAUGUGGGCCACAAGCGCCGUGCAACAGCACCACUCUCUGCUGUCCAACUGCUUGCGGUGGAGCGAUGUGCGUCGAUCCGAUGACGGAACGACAUUUCGUGACAUUAGUUAAGAAAGGUCGUUGCCCUGAAUAUCCCCGUGGCGUCUGGAUAUGCAGCCAUACUUGUACUGGUGACUCUGAUUGUCCUCGCUCGUUAAAGUGUUGUCCCAAUCGAUGCGGGGCCCAGACGUGCCAGCGACCAGACGCGGACGAAGAUAUGCCACAGCCUAUUUAAUUCAAUAUGACUAUAUUUCAAAAUAUAUACACCUUUCAUUUGAA